UUGAUGUGUGCAGUAUGCAAACUCCACCCCGGGCAUUUCGUCUCUCGGAGAAAGAGAGGAGAGAGAGAGAGAGGAGGAGGAGGGGAAGAAGACGAAAUAAAGCAGGGCAGGAGGGAGUUGGAGAGGGAGAAGCAGCAGUUCAGGAGAGAGGCUCCUUGCACAGACAGACAGAGAGAGAGGGAGGAUGAGGCUGCUCUGUGUCCCCGGCUCGAUGCUCAGUUAUAAAGGGACAACUUUCCCCUUGAUCGCUGCUAAACUCGCUCAGAAAUCUUUCCCGUUUCCAGCCCCCCUCAGUCUGUAAAAGCUGCUUCCAAAGCGGCGCGGAUUCGGCUCGUCCGCCCGCAGUUUAAAGCUGUGCAGAAGGAGAGAGGGAGUGAGAAAAAGGAGAGAGGGAGGGGGGCGAAGGCUUUUAAACAGCAACAAAAAGAAACUCGAGGGGAAGAUGAUGUCGACUGGAAAAAUCUGGAGUGGAUUUAAUGUCCGUGUGUUGUUCACCUUGCUGGAAGUCUGGGAGAUUUCUGGAGAGACUCUGGAGCCUAUUUAUUGGAAUUCGCUGAAUAGACGGUUUCUCGAUGCCGAGGGGUAUGUGCUGUACCCACAGAUAGGAGAUCGGAUUGAUCUGAUUUGCCCACAGUCCAUUCCACGCGGCUCGUUCUCUACCGAGGAGUACGAGUAUUAUCAGCUGUACCUGGUGAGCGAGGAGCAGGCGGCGCGCUGUGACACGGUGAUGAGUCCGACUGUGCUGUUAACAUGUGACAAACCCGACCAGGUCACUCGAUUCACCAUCAAAUUCCAGCAGUUCAGCCCCAACCUUUGGGGCCUGGAGUUCAAACCCCAUCGCAACUACUACAUCAUCAAUCCGAAUGCCCCUCCACAGCUGAAGGAGCCGAGCCAGGAAGGUGACCAUCCGGACUCCGGUCAGGAUCCUGGCCUGGAAUCCACUGUCCGACUGGAACACGGAAACUCGUCAGUCUUUCUCACCAACUCCAGCGGGAGCAAUGACCAGGAUCACGGGACAGUGCCCAGCUCCAACACCCUGCUGAUCGCCGGCUCGGCUGGGGGGGUCGCUUUCCUGCUGCUCCUGCUGUCUGGGGUCACUGUGGGGGUGCUGUGCUACCGGCGGCGACGUUCCAAGCUGGCCGAGGGUCACCGGCCGGCCCUCCACCUCAGCACCCUGACCAGCCCCAAACGGGGCACGGUGGGUAAUAACAACAGGUCCGGCUCCGAGCCCAGUGACAUCAUCAUCCCCCUCAGGACUUCCGACAGCACCUUCUGCCCCCAUUACGAGAAGGUGAGCGGUGACUAUGGGCAUCCUGUCUACAUUGUGCAGGAGAUGCCACCUCAGAGCCCCGCCAACAUUUACUACAAGGUGUGA